AUGGUUCUUUCUCGAGCUACGAGCAAAAACUCUCUGAAUAAUCAUGAAGUCAUCGAGAUUUCCGACUCAGAAUCAGAACGCAAUCAUGACACGAAAGCACAAAAAAUGAAGAAAUUUCUCAAUCGUAGAACAGCCGAAAUGCGAAAACGGGAAGAACAGUUGGUUCAACAGGUAGAAAAAUAUCAGAAAGAGAAUGAAAAUAUGUUGGCAGAAUGUGCUUCGUAUAAAACCGAAAUUGUGAAGCUGCGAGAGGCGUUGAAGCUAGCUACAGGUGGCAAUAAGAAGAAUUUCGUCAAAACUGAAUCCCAAAUAAGUAUUGAAGUUGACCUCGGACCGGCUAUAAAAGCUGAGAAGAAAGAGGAAGAAGACUCGAAAGUUAAAAUUGACUCAUUGGUAGGACUUUUGGUGGUACGCCCUCUCUAUCACCAGAAUUUCUGGAUGCCAAACGCUGAAUCAACUCCAACAGUUUCCAACGUCCCUGGUCGCGACACAUCGAUUCAUCAAGUUCCACCCAGUCCUCAGGCAUUUCUGGAUAAUUCUUACAGCGAAGACUAUCAAGAACGUGUCAAAAUGCCUGUCACAUCCGAGGAUGAAUCCAGCAUUGUAGAGCACGAGUCUGGCACGCCCCAUGUUCCGAGAGUAAAGCGUGAGCCGACACCAGACGACGGCCAAAAAAACCUUGUUCCAGUGGUUGUCAAAUCAGAGGACCACUCUGAUGAAUCCAAGCACGUCGAAGAAGGUUUCCACGCCGGGUUUUCCAGGAAACUGGCUAUAUCACUGAAUAGGCCCUUGGUGGAGGGCAUCAAGAAUGUUUUCAUCACUGGCAAAAACGUGAUCCGACAAAAAUUUCCAUAUGUUACCUUCAAACGGUCGUGGAAUUCGCAGUUUCCAUUUACGCCAGGCGCUCAUGGUGUCGUUUUUAAGACAUUCGAGAAAUAUGGUGAUGAUGUUCCAGUACGCGAACCCAUCGAUUUCAUCGUUGCGGAGAAGGCAAAUCACUGGCAAUAUUGCGGCACCUAUGAUAUUAAAAGUACGGGAGGGAUAAAUCCGUCUCAUCUUGGCAUGUUUCCCCCCGGUCUUUUGACCACCUGGGUCAAAGGACUGAGGAGGUCGCAGUGA